UCAAGCAUCUCCACCGACUAAGGAAUUAGCAUCGGAUUAACUCCUGUCCAGCCCACGCGGUGGCUUCUAGCGUCGGAUGGCACAGGUUAGUGACCGGUGGGACGGAUGCUGAGGGAAUGAACUAAUAAAUCAAGAGAUCCCUCGUCUGUCGUCCAUCCUCGUCGAGACGUCAACUGCUUCACGGGUGAUACACCGAUAAGAUGUUCCCCACUACGACCCAUGGCUGGUCGGUUCUGACCGGCCUCCUGGCUUUGUCUUCUACGGCAUCUGCCUCCAACACUUCCCAAACAAACUGUCGAUGCUUCCCCGGAGAAGCAUGCUGGCCUUCCCCAAGGUCUGGUCUGCUUUCAACCAGACGAUUGACGGCCGACUGGUUGCUACGAUCCCGCUGGGAACUCCCUGCCAUGCGCCCAACUAUGAUGCUGCCACAUGCGAGGCUCUAAAGGCCCAAUGGCAGCUUCCUGAGCUGCAGUACGUAAUGUCCUCUUCUUCUUUUCCCUGCACACUGGGCAACUACGUCGUUUACGCGGUCAACGUGGGCAAGCCUGAGCAUAUCUCCAAGGCGGUGCAGUUCGCCACGAAACACAACAUCCGCGUGGUCGUCCGCAACACCGGCCACGACUACAACGGCAAGUCCACCGGGGCCGGCGCCCUGGGGAUCUGGACGCACCACCUCAAAGACAUCGAGAUCAAGGACUGGUCCGACACGCACUACAAGGGCAAGGCGAUCAAGCUGGGCGCCGGCGUGCAAGGCAUCGAGGCGUACCGGGCCGCCGACGCGCAGGGGCUCGAGGUCGUCGGCGGCGAGUGUCCGACCGUCGGUCUGGCCGGCGGCUACACCCAAGGCGGCGGGCACUCGGCGCUGGCGUCGCGGCACGGACUGGCGGCCGACCAGGUGCUCGAGUGGGAGGUGAUUGACGGGCAGGGCAACUUCAUCGUGGCCAACCGCGACAACGAGUAUGCGGACCUGUACUGGGCGCUGAGCGGCGGCGGCGGCGGCACCUACGGGGUGGUCUGGUCGAUGACGUCCAAGGCGCACACGGGGACGCCGGCCUCGGGGCUGAACCUGACUUUUACCAACGCUGGCAUCUCGCAGGAUACGUUCUACGAGGCGGUUGCGCUGUACCAUUCGACGCUGCCGGCGAUCGUCGACGCCGGCGCCAUGAGUGUCUGGUAUUUUACCAACACUAGCUUCUCCAUCUCGCCGCUGACGGGGCCGAACAUUCCUGUGGCCACGCUGCAGGAGCUGGUUAAGCCGUUUACUGACGGGCUGACCAAGCUGGGGAUCAAGUAUACCACCUACGCAGCGCAGUUCGACAGCUACCUGGCGGAAUUCGAGGCCAUGCAGAGCCCCAUCGAGGUCGGCAUCGCGCAGUACGGUGGCUGGCUGAUCCCGCGGUCAGUCGUGCAGACCAACAACGCCGAUCUGACGGCCGCAUACCGGGCCAUCACGUCCGACGGCGCCACCUUCAUCGGCGUGGGAGUCAACGUCUCGACCGCGGUCACCGGCGACGUCUACAACGCGGUGCUGCCCGCCUGGCGCGACACGCUGAUCGACACCGUCAUCACGACUCCUUGGAACUGGACCGCUCCGACGGCCGACAUGAUCGCGCUGCAGCAUAAGAUGACGGACGAGUACAUUCCCCGGCUGGAGGCGUUGGCGCCGAAGUCCGGGGCGUAUCUCAACGAGGCGGAUUUCCGGCAGCCCGAUUUCAAGACGGCGUUUUAUGGCAAAAACUAUCAGAAACUGCGGGCCGUCAAGGCCAAGUAUGAUCCGCAGAGUAUGUUUUAUGGGACUACGGCUGUGGGGUCGGACGAGUGGACCGUCAGGUCGGAUGGACACUUGUGCAAGGCCAAGCCAUAGCCAGUGUACGGCAGUCGAACAGUGUAUAUAUGUAUGUAUGUAUGUAUGUAAGUAGAUAUACUCCACCUAGACUAUUCAGCAGAUAAGUAACGCGAGUAACGUGAUCGG